GGGUUCCUGCAGCUCAUACAAGAGAUCACCUGGCAUUCGUGCCGUGUGACGCUGCUCGCGGCCGCGGUCCAGGCUCUGGAGCCGGACAAAGAGAUCGGGCUCCAGGAGAUCUCGAUCGAAAUGGUCAAGCGGCUCACGAAGAGGAUCGCGUCCGACUGGAAGUCUCCGCCUGAGUUCGAGGCGGAG